AUGUCAGCUGCCGUGCAGGCCUCGCUCAGAGCGGCGACCUGGCUCGCGGACCGCGUGCUCGAGAGCGCGGUGGUCUCAGAGGCGGGUUCUUGUGCGAUUGCCGUGCAGGUGUUCGGCGGCACGCGCGUCGCUUUCGGGACCGCGCUGAUCGGAGGAGUGCGGCUGGGGGUGCUGAUCGGCGCCAAUGGCUGCUGCUGCGGCCUGGGCGAUCGGCGACCGCAUCGGGGUGCAAUGGCGCGCGGGCGGGAGCUGGCAGGAGCGGAGGAGAGAGGCGAGAUCUUAUACAUGAUCACGCCCGACGGCGACAUGUACCCCCACAUGCUGCACACCGACGCGAUCCAGGGCGCAGUGAGAGUCCUCCGCGGGCAGAGAGACCGCGCGUCAGUGGUCGGCACGGCCCCAGCCGCCAACGCGAAGUCGCACGGCGCCGACUGGAUACCCGAGCCACGGGAGCUCCUGGAGGCGGUGGCGGCCGCGUCGGCACGGUCCUUCGGCGAGGUGGGGGCGACGCUGAGACGACCAACAGCGCCCGGGGAGGCGGGCUUUGACUCGGAUUCAGCUCCGAUUCCGCCUGACUGGGAGAGCGUGUCCAACCUGCCCGACCCAGACAGCAAGGGGUGGUAUAUCAUCGCGGGCAGCGACCAGAGCAGCUCUGCCAAGCUGCCCAGCCUGUCCGUGGACUUCGGGGUGAUCGGCGAGGGCCUGGGCUUCGUGAAGGUCGGCAACGGCAGCUUCCUCGUGCAGUACGGGAGCCCAGAGACGGCCCUCGACGCACGGGUGUUGGCGAUCCACGAGAGCGCAGGAGACGGUCGUCACUUGGGGUUCCGCGAGGGCGCGAAGCAGCUCACGGAGACUUCUUGGCCGUCCUGGCCUUUGCUGGGCCCGAGGGCCGCGGGUUGGGCGCGUCGCUUCAUUCGGGACCAGGAUGUUGCGCCUCGCCCCCGCCACGCUCGGUUCGAGGCCGAGGCGGGGCUGUCGUCUUCAGAUCCAGGGGUCGACUUUCACGAUUUCUGCCUGCGUCUGCUGCGGAUCGGCAUUCAGUUUGACCAGCUGAACGCGUCAGAGUUUGCGAUCUUUGAGCUGAUCUGCAAGAAGGCGCAGAUGAUUGAGUAUAAGUACAGGGAUAGGCAUCUCCACCGCAUGGGCGCGGCGGGCGAUGAUCUGGCCGAGGACGAGCAUAUCUACCUCGGCACGUCGGAGACCCGCGGUCUCAUGAUGAUCUCGCCCGCCCUCUCAAGUUACGUGGCGGAUGAGUUGCACAAGAGCGGGGGCCACGACAACUCAGCGGGCCUGCAGAGCCGCGCCGACAAGCUGGCGAGCGAGAAUAAGUUCCUGAAGGAGAAGUUGGCAGCCAUCGACCCGAAGGGGAAGGGCAAAUCAGGCAUCGAGCAAAUGAGUACUAGAAUUCUGGCCCUUGGUGGGCCACCUUGCACUGCGGCGGCGGCCCUCACCGAGCUGUGCCGAAGUACACCGGGCUAUGAUUGUCAGCCCGUGAAGUCCAUCGCGUACACCGAAGGUCGCGUGAGUCUCCCCAGCGACGCCGUGAAGUGCGACGCUUCCGAGCUGCUGGACGGUCACCUUCGCGAGUUGUGGCGCGAUUGGCGUCAGCGACUGCUACGCGAUCCCGAACAGGUUCGUGAACCAAUCGUUCCGUACUUCGAUGAGGAGCUGCGGCGGUCUCCACGCCACUAUGCUCGCUUCUUGAGUGAAAUGUACAAGGCAGGUAUGAUUCGUUUUUCUUCCCCACGCCCUUCCACCGCGGGCUUGUUCUUUGUUGAGAAGCCGGGGAACCAGCUGAGGAUGAUCCUCGACACGAGAGCUGUCAAUCAGGAGUUCAUCGAUCCUGACACGACCGCGCUGCCAUCGGCUGGCGUCUGGCGGGGCUUGAAGAUCCCAGCCAGCCACGACCUCUCGCUGAGCCAAGUGGACAUCGAGGCGGCCUUCUAUCGCAUCGGGGUGCCGCCAGGGCAGGACGAGAUGUUCGUGCUGCCUGCGGUGCCCGUGGACGCGCUACUGGAGGCGCUGCCCGAGGUGGACAUCGGUUCUCGGCUGGAGGGCAAGGUCUCGCCUUUGCUCACUGCCCUUCCCAUGGGCUGGAACUGGAGCUUCUAUUUCUGCCAAGCGCCGGUGGCAUCUCAGGUCGUCGCGGCUGGCAUCAGCGCGAACCGCAUCAUACAGGACAGGCGUGUGGUGCCCGACGUGAACGAGACUGCGGGCGUCGCCGUGUACGUCGACGGCGCGACCGCCAUCGGGCGCGACCCUGUGUCCGCGAGCGCGACGAUUGAGCAGGCCCACCAGCGCUUGGAGGCCAGCCAUCUGAAGUGCAAGGGGGUGCAGUCGGACCCGUGGGAUCAGAAGUUCACGGGCUUGAACUUCGAUUUCGAGACGGGCCGCACCUCCGUGAGCAAGGGCCGCAUCUGGCCGCGGCGUCGGCGUCUUUGGCCCGAGGUGGGCACUGAGUGCCGCGUGGCCGCAGCUCUCAUCGCCUCCGCUUACCUGGGCACCAAGCUGGAGGUGGACCCCGUGGUGCUAGCUACGGACGCCUCCACGGGUUCAGGAGACCUGGAGGGCACGGGGUUCGGAGGCUACGCCGUGACGGAGAAGACCUGGAUUCAGCACGACGUCUGGGCCGCGGCCCCUUGUAAGGAGCGCUGGCGGUACAAAUUCGAGGGUGCCAUCGAGGCUCGGCGACGUGCUCUCCAGGCUGCGCGCGAGCUCGAACGAGGUGACGAGGCCAGGGAGCAGACUGGCGUGACGGACCAUGUCCAGGACCCUGAGAUUUCAGACGCGGUCCUGCCCCUCGAGAGCGAGGGGUCAACUCGGACGUCGAGCGCUGCCCAGCCUGCUCGGUGUGUGUUAGCAUCGGUCGAGCACCAGGUAAAUUUCGAGGAGAUCGACCCGAGCUUCUUGUUGCCGCCGGACUCCUGGAAGCUGGAGGUGUUCGGGCGCUGGCGGCGCCAUGAGGGAAGAUCGUCACAUUAUGCUCUAAAGCAGACGUGCAGAGAGCUGGCCGCCUUGAGUAUCCUGACGGGAUCCUCCGUAGCCGUACGUUGGUUCCCAAGUGAGCUGAACUCGGCGGACAAGGGGAGCCGCGCCAUCGGGCGACCGCUCAGCUCCCACGAAGGUGACUGCCGCCAUGCUGGCCAGCUCGGGGCCGACGAGGCGCGGGGCCUUGCUGCCUCGGCCCUCGCCCGCGCUUGCGGCGAGGCAGCCACCUGGCGGGGCGCGGGCGGCGCGCGCUUCCUCGGCGAGGCUGAGGAGCGCGAGCAGCCUGGGCGGGACCUCACUGCCGAGAGAGCUGCCCAGCCGAAUGGUGACCAGGAGGACCCGCUGGGAGACGCCAGCGGGGUCGACCACCGCCUCAGCCUCAGCUCCGACAGCUCCUCCAGCAGCGACACGGAGUCGAGCGGGACGGCCCGCCACGGCGACGCGCGGGGGGACGUCGAGCCUGGGCUCACCUUCUUGCAGACCAACAAGGUCAAGCCGCCCACGCGCACCGCCUUCCGAGAGCGAGUACGGAACUUCCUUGAGUGGGCCAACGAGGGGACGCUGGCGGAGAUCUCCAUUCGGCGCCUCGACCAGCUGGCUGCCAACUACAUGGACGUCCUGUUCUUCGACGUGAUGGAGGUCGGCGAGGGCUCGAGGCUGCUGGCUGCCCUGCAGCACCUGCGACCCAGCUUGGGGACGGCUCGCCACGGCAACUUCCCGGUGGCUCGGGCAGCGGUGGCGGGGUUCCGCCGCCGCGCCCGAGGAGGGACUCGAGACCCUCUGUGCCGGCCUUGGGUGCUGGCGGUGGUCGGGGUCAGCCUGCUGCUGGAGGACCUGGAGUUCGCGACGGCGCUGUGGCUGGCCUGGGGCGGCAUGCUGCGCUUGCCGUCCGACCUGGUGAGCAUGACGCCUAAGACCUUGAUCGGGACUGGCAGGGCGGCGAAGCCCACGCGGGCCCUUCUCCUCUACCCCAGCGAGGAGGAGGCGAGGAGCAAGGUCAUGGGCGCCGACGAGGGUGUGAUCUUGCGCGAGGCCUGCUGGGGCGGCGGCGGCAGCGUGGCGCCUACGGUGGUCGCCUACCAGGUGCGCCACGGGGCUGCGAGUCACGCGGCGGCCGUGGACCAGCUCCCCCUCAGCGGGAUCACCGAGCGGCUGCGGCACGGCAACCCGCACAGCAGCUUGCGCUACGCCAAGCACGACCGCUACCUUGCCCUGCUCAACAGGGUGCCGCAGGCCGUGGUCGACUGGAGCGAGACGAUCCACGCGCGGCUGGGCGGCCUGCUCGGCGGGACCGACGUCUUGCAGGCCCCCGCCUUUCUGCCGCAGAGUGUGAUCGAGGCCUUGCGCGCCAGCUGCGCCAAGGCCUCAAAUUCGGGCGCGAACAAAAUAGUCAAGUUUUCCUCGAAGUUGGAUUCUCGAAGGGUGAGGUGA